UUUAACGCUAAGCGGAAUAAAUCUAAACAGAGCGGAAACUGCAGCUACAUGACAAAUUAACACUAUUAUAACUCUUCCAUGGGACUAACUUCAGCUGAGCUGACCUUACUAACUCUUUCUGGAAACUCUUACCUGCUAAGACAGUGAACGACAGUUGAAAGACAGAUAAACCGUGUAGUGGAGACAUAUUCGCCUCUGCUAUGGAAAUGAAGCAGGCAGAGUCUCUGGUUAUUUCUGGUUACUAGGAGUAAACGCUGCUAGCAACAGGUGAAGAGUCUCAGCAGCCACGUAGAGGAGUCAAGGAAAAUGAGAAGGAGUCUUGCUCCCAGUCAGGUUGCUAAACGGAAGCAAGAAGGGAGUCCCUGUGAGGAGGAUGACAGAACAUGUAGAGCUGAGAAAAGAAGAAAAAGCGAUAAUGAGGUGAGAGAAAUCCACAUUUCUCCCUUCAGAAAGCCUCUGACGCAGCUCAACAACAGGCCCGCUUGUAUGGAUGGUGAACAACAUGAGGCAUUUAUUCGAAGUAUCCUGUCCAAGCCAUUUAAAAUUCCUAUUCCAAAUUACACAGGAUCACUGGGAAUCAGGGCACUCGGUCUAAAGCGUGCAGGAGUAAGGAAAGCACUUCACGAUCCCUUCGCAGAAGAUGCUUUGGUUCUUUACGAGCCUCCAACUCUGAGCAACCACGACCUGAUAAAAGCUGACAAAGAGAAACUACCAGUCCAUGUGGUUGUGGAUCCAGUUUUAGGAAAAGUGCUCAGACCGCAUCAGAGAGAGGGGGUGAAGUUCCUGUGGGAGUGUGUGACGGGCAGACGCAUCCCAGGAUCGUACGGCUGCAUCAUGGCUGAUGAGAUGGGCCUGGGGAAGACUUUGCAGUGUAUCACCCUCAUGUGGACCCUGCUACGCCAAAGCCCUGAUGCUACGCCAGAGAUAGACAAGGCCAUUGUGGUUUCACCUUCCAGUUUAGUUCGCAACUGGUACAAUGAAGUAGGAAAGUGGCUGGGAGGACGCGUCACACCGGUGGCCAUCGACGGGGGUUCGAAGGAUGAGAUCGACAGACAGCUGGUGAACUUCAUUUCUCAGUAUGGUUUGAGAGUACCCACUCCAAUCCUGAUUAUUUCCUAUGAGACGUUUAGACUGCAUGCUGAGGUCCUGCACAAGGGCAAAGUUGGACUUGUCAUCUGUGACGAGGGCCAUCGGCUGAAGAACUCUGACAACCAGACAUACCAGGCCCUGAAUGUCAUGAGUGCCCAGAGAAGAGUGCUGAUAUCAGGCACUCCCAUCCAGAACGACUUGCUGGAGUACUUCAGCCUGGUCCACUUUGUUAAUGCUGGGAUCCUUGGCACGGCCCAGGAGUUUAAAAAGCGAUUUGAGCUUCCCAUCCUCAAAGGUCGAGAUGCAGACGCCAGUGACAAAGACAGACAGACCGGAGAGGAGAAACUCAAGGAGCUGAUCAGCAUCGUCAACAGGUGUUUGAUAAGGAGAACAUCUGAUAUCUUGUCAAAGUAUCUUCCUGUGAAAAUUGAGCAGGUUGUGUGUUGCAGGCUGACUCCUCUGCAGACAGAGCUCUAUAAGCGCUUCCUGAGACAGGCCAAACCCCUUGAGACGCUACAGGGGGGCAAAAUAAGUGUCUCUUCCCUGUCCUCCAUCACGUCGCUCAAAAAGCUGUGCAAUCACCCAGCGCUCAUCUAUGAGAAAUGUGUGGAGGGUGAGGAGGGCUUUGAUGGGGCGCUGGAUCUGUUUCCACCCGGCUACUGCACUAAAGCUGUAGAGCCUCAGCUCUCUGGGAAGAUGCUGGUUCUCGAUUAUAUCCUGGCAAUGACAAGGACCACAACGAGUGACAAAGUGGUGCUCGUCUCCAACUACACUCAAACGUUGGACCUCUUUGAAAAGCUGUGCAGAUCUAGAAGAUACCUCUAUGUUAGACUGGAUGGCACAAUGUCCAUCAAGAAAAGGGCCAAGAUUGUGGAAAGAUUCAACAGUCCAUCUAACCCAGAGUUUAUCUUCAUGCUAAGCAGCAAGGCCGGCGGAUGUGGCCUGAACCUGAUUGGUGCUAAUCGCUUGGUGAUGUUUGAUCCUGACUGGAACCCAGCCAAUGAUGAGCAGGCAAUGGCACGGGUGUGGAGAGACGGCCAGAAGAAGACCUGCUACAUCUACAGGCUGCUCUCUACGGGGACGAUCGAGGAGAAGAUCCUGCAGAGGCAGGCUCAUAAGAAAGCCCUGAGCAGCUGUGUGGUCGAUGAGGAGCAGGACGUGGAGCGUCACUUCUCUCUGGGUGAACUACGAGAACUCUUCACUCUCAACGAGGAGACCACCAGCGACACACACGACAAGUUUCGCUGUAGUCGCUGUGUGAACGGCACAGAGGUUCGGCCUCCUGCGGAUGACUCUGACUGUACCAGUGACCUUUCCCAGUGGAACCACUGCUUCAGCAAGAAGGGCCUGAGGGACCAGGUGUUGAAAGCCUCCUGGGAUGCUGCCGUCUCCUUCGUCUUCCACCAGCGCUCUCACGAGGACCAGAAGGGUGUCGUAUAGCAGGAGGAACACAACAGACUUCCUAUCACACAACCACGUGUAUAUACUGAUAUUUAUCUUUUGUUGAGUGUUUCUGUUGAUUUUUAUUUUUUUUUAAUCAAAAGAGAUGGAAUAAAGGAGAGUUCA